CACAGAUCAUCUGUCUCAUAUGCCCCUCUCAGAUUAUUGUAACAUUUUCAGAAAAUAUGACAAAAAGUUAUUUUGAAAAAAGUUACCCACUGUAGCUUUAAUGUGUCUCAGCGGCCGGCCGGCGGCGUGCUCAGCGCAGCUCAGCCCUAACACAGUGACAGAGAGUCGGUCGGGACUGGGGGUAGGCUAUCUCGGAAAUAAUCUGCCCACGCGUUAAGCUGCUUUAUCCCCGCCGAGCCUCAGCCGGACAGAGACUGCUGCAGCUCCGGUGCCCCUCACAGGGAAGUCGGCAUUAGAGCGGGAGAAAGAAAAAGUGACACAGGCUGCGGAGUUAUUAAGUUUGACAAAUCUUUGUGAAUCACAGGAGUGUGCGCUCCGUUUGCCGCAUACAUGGAGACCUGACCCGACCCUGACAGACAGACCCGAAACUGAACCCGCCACCGUGUGAUCACUCUGGGAGGCAGGAGGCGUUAAAACAAGUGCACACUGGGAUUUUAACCACAGCGAGAAGCUGGCAACGGGGGUUUGGGCAUGGACAGCACUGGAUUUUGGAUAUUCCUGAUAACAACUUGUGUUAUUCCAGGGAUAAAUGGGCAGACUGUGGAAAUGGAUGAUGGAAAGUCAGGGUAUGUUGGCUCAAAGGUGGAUCUCCGCUGCCGGUUCAUCAACAGCUCCCCGCCUGUCAAAAUCUCCCAGGUAACAUGGCAGAAGCUGGUGAAUGGCACUAAGCAGAACGUGGCAAUCGCCAAUCCUUCCCUGGGUGUGUCCGUGGCCCCGCCCUACAGGGACCGUGUCACCUUCAAGAAUGCAGCAGUGAGGCGGCGAAUGCCAACCCUGGAGGACACCACCAUCACCUUCUCCUCACUCCGCCUCUCUGACGAGUCCACCUACAUCUGUGAAUACACCACAUUCCCUGCAGGGAACCGAGAAAACACUGUGAACCUCACCGUCUACGUUCGCCCAACAACUCAGAUGAGUCUCUCCACACCAACGUUGGUGGCACGUUCAUCCAAUCUUAAGACACCAGUGGCCACCUGCAUCUCUGCCAAUGGAAAACCACCCGGUACCAUCAGGUGGGAGACGAGGGUGCCAGGAGAAGUGACCAGCCGAGAGUACAGGAACUCAGACGGGACAUUCACUGUUCAAAGUGACUACAUUUUGGUGCCCAGCAGAGAAACACACAAGGAGACGCUCACCUGCGUCACCUCCUACAAUGAGGAAGUCUUCACUGACAGCGUCACCCUCGAUAUUCAGUAUGAGCCAGAUGUUUCGGUGGAUGGGUACGAUGGAAACUGGUACCUGAACCGAGAGAAUGUUCAGCUGAGCUGCCAAGCAGAUGCUAACCCAGCCGUCUCUCUGUAUCAGUGGAGAGUGAUUAAUGGCACCAUACCAAGCAAUGCUGAGAUCCGAGACAAUGUCCUGACCCUUAGAGGGCCGGUCACAUAUGACCUGCAGGGCACCUAUGUGUGUGAUGCCACCAACAGUAUCGGGACAAGAUCGGGCUCUGUGGAGGUCAGCAUCAUCGAAAAGCCUCUACCGCAGAUCGCUACAGGUGAUGUCAUCAGUGUAAUCGCUUUGUUACUGGCUGCUGGAGUGCUCAUGGGCAUCACUAUAACAGUCCUGGUGCUCAAAAUAAGAAGUAGAAAAGAUGACUCUUCAAAUGACUCUCCAUCCAGAAAACUGUCCCAGCCUAUAAGGAAAAGACCGGAUGAUAUCCAGCACUCAGGACGGUUUUAUGAAGAGCUUCCAAACACAGCAGACUAUGUGAGCUACAGACUGGCCUGUAACAAGGAGGACUACCCUGAGCCCUACUCCCCUCCCAUCAAGCCUCCGCUCUCGUUUCUGCCCCAACACCCCUACCACUCCUCACAACCAACCCCUGCAACCACCAGCAGCAGCAGCAGCACCAACACGCCAAAAAACACCUUCUCUCCUCCUUCACACACCACGGCCAUCUUUAAAUACCCCUCGGUACCGGGCAUGUCUUCUCCUCCCCCUGGAGUGGCGGCAUACACUUUUCCCAAAGAGCAAUACGUCUGAACGGAUGCUUUGUCACAAACUCAAACCGCCCAAGGGAACUCAGAUGACCUAAUAUAAACUCGCACAUUUCCUAACAAGAGGCUGGAAAAAGGUGGUUAACCCUGGACUAUCAGGCAGUGUCUCUGCACUGGCUGCACCUUUGUGGACGGCUCUGAAGGUCAAAGGACAGUGCAGCUUUUGAACUUGGAAUUAAGUCCAAUUUUGGAACAUUUUCUCGUUUUUGUCCGGUCUUUUGUUAUGUUAUCUGUUCUUUGAAAAGGGAACAUUGUUGGACCAUGUUUCAGAUGUGUAGGAUAGAGGAAGGUCAAGUUAAAGAUGAUAUGAUUAACAUUGGAAAACUUUAUAAUGCAUGGAUGUAUGACCUUUGAUUUAAAAAUACUCCAAACUAAACAGAUAAAACAGAUUAUCUCUUGAUGUCCUAUGUGGUUGACCCCUAUCAUCUACGUAUCGUUUUGUAGAAAAAAGAGAAAACAAAACAAAAACUGUUAUAAUUUCCUGCUUUAUCUCUCAUGCCCAGUCUCUUUAUCCUGCGUUGUACGCUGAAAAUCUCUUUACUGUGGAACAGCAGAACUCACCUUUUGGUUUUAACUCCUGCUUGUAUGUAAUACUUUUAUUGUGCUUGUAUUUU